GAUGCUUUGUUGUUGUUUUAGACUACUUAAAGUUUUGGAUAACCUCAAUCAAGACAUUUGGAGGCAAAGAGGCACCACUGUUUCUUGUUGCCACACACACAGAAACAAAAUCUACAGAUGAAAUAGAGAAGUAUUUGGGGGAGUUUUGGAAUGCCGUACCUGAUGACGAUAAAGAUUGGUUAAGUGGGUCUCUGAAUGAUCGAGAAUAUGCAGUAGGUCUAAAGGAACUUAAUGAUAAUACCAAGGAAAUACUAGAGUCAAUGAAAAAGUCCAUAGUGGAACUAUUCACAGAUGAGAUCAAUACAAAGGUUGAGUUGCCUUCUUCAUGGGCUCUAAUGGAGCAGUUAUUGUAUGAAGGAGGCUGGAAGGUUUUGUCCCUGAGUGAAAUCUGGAAGCUCAACACAUCUCUUCCUGAUGAAUACCAAAUCAAAAAAGACAAGGAAAUGUCCGAAUUUUUAAAAUGUUUCCAUGACAAUGGUCUUCUUUUGAAUUUUGGAGAAGCAGACUUGAGGGAACAUGUUAUACUAGAUAUUCAGUGGUUUGCUAAUGCUUUCAGCAAGAUAAUUGCUGAUGAAAAUCACAUAAAUAAAGAUUGUAAAAGGAAAUUAAUUAAAGAGUGGAAAUCCUUCAACAAAACGGGGGAACUUAAAGAUAAAGUGAUAAAUGCACUGUGGAAAGAUGAACCCUCUUACUUGAAACAUAAAAGUGAAAUUAUGCCAUACAUGGAGAAACUUCAAAUGCUGGUACCUUUGAAUGCAUAUGAGGCUGUAUCAGAAGGUGGCAUGUCAUGGUACGUCCCAUGUAUGAACAAAAAGCAGUUUAAAGCUGACUUCUGUGAAGAUAAGUGGGAAUGCUCAUCCAUUUUCUGCUAUCGAUUCAGUUCCUUUGCCAUGUUUGUGUUCUACAGACUGGUAGCAUACUGCAUAAGUUCUCUAAGAUGGAGUGUAGCAAAAGAUGAAGAUAAUGAAGGGAGUCCAUGUCUUUAUCAAACAGGGGCAGUGUUUGAUCACAAUGAACAUACUGUUGUUGUUGGCAUAUGCAAUGAUGAUAUUCAGUUGCAGGUGCUGAGAAUCAAACCAUUGACUGUAGAGAAAGGUGUAUCAAAUGAAAUUGGAGUCUCCAUUGAUAAAGCAAUAAAAAAAUUGACAGAAACAUUUAUUGACACAAAAAUAUUUCAUAGAGGAUACAAAUGUCAAAACAUUAUUUGUAAUGAGAAAGAUCUAUCUUUUACCCUUUCAAGUGAGCUUUCCGAGAUCAAGGCAGAAGAAACGCAGUGCAAGUGUCAACUUCGGGAGAAACAUGUGAUAAAUGUACAGAGGACACAGGGAUUCUGGGAAAAGAGAGAGUCGAGUGAUUCCAGUACUCCUGUGGCGUCUGGACAAAACCUAGAAGGCCGGUCUAGAUUUGCAAAACUUGGCAUGGCCACAAACGAUGUGUUAAAUAAGGCAUGCAGAGAUGUUCUGGAAUCAGAAAUUCCUGCAUCUGAUAUUGAGAAAGAGGUGAAUUUAUUAUCAAACAAAAAAAGGAAUAAUAUGAAAUUGUAUACACAUCAAGAAGAUCUUUUGAAAAAAGCAAAAAAUUCUGGAUAUGAGGAAUUUGAUAUUUCAUUAACAUACAAGUGCAUUAGAAACAUUUGUUCAACGAUCCCUAAACCAACAAAAGGAAAAUGGGGAUAUGACACUAUGCCUGCAGCAGGAGAGGUGACAGUGGGUGACGAUAUCGAAAGAAUUAGAUUAAUUCGAAAUGAAUUGACUGCACAUGUGAGCUCAGCCUCCAUACCGCAGAAAGAAUUUAAUGACACUUGGUCGAUGAUGUCGGAUAUCUGUCGAAGACUGGAAACUUUCACUGGAAAGAAGUACUUAGAUGAUCUUAAUUACAUUGAAAAACUUACCUUAAGAAGAGAGGACGAGAAUGCUAUUAUAGAAAAAGUCAAACUGCAAGAAAUCUUGGAGAAAAUGAAAUCAAAUGUGCUUGAAUUUGAAAAAAUUCUCAAACCUAAUGUAGGUGCUACAAAUUAGGGUUCGUAGAAUGCUGUAUAGAAUACCAAAGAAUAGUGAGACUUGAAUUGCAAUUCACAAACAAUUUUUUUUAUGUCGUGUAUUUGAUAUUUGGGUCCGUGUAACACUUAACAAUUCAAAUUUCUAAAACGAUUUAGAGUUUU